CCUAACCCGUCUUCUGCUCACCGUAUAUAAGUGCCUUUGUUCAAUCGUACAUAGACCCACCUAUUUCUUUGAAUUGGAAAAAUCCGGGAAUAGUCGCGGUGUGAUCUUUGCAGAUCUGGUGGUUCUUUAUAAAUUCUUUUGGCUAUUCCUGGUAGCUUAAAUACUUUUUAUUGCUUCUGAAGUUUCAUUGAUUGGAUUUGAUUUUUUCGACACUUGUUUGAUGGAUGAUGGCUAUUCCAAUGGAUGAUUACAAGGAAAAUUCAUCAAGGGAACGUGUUCAGCACCUCUUCAACAAGAAUGUUGAAUUGGAGGCCAAGCGUAGGAAAGCCGCCCAAGCCAGAAUCCCUUCUGAUCCAAAUGCAUGGCAAAAGAUGCGUGAAAACUAUGAGGCUAUUGUCCUUGAAGACCAUGCUUUUUCUGAACAAAACGACGUAGAGUAUGCUUUGUGGCAGUUGCAUUACAGGAGAAUUGAGGAAUUACGGGCACUCUUCAACGCCUCUCUAGCUUCAUCAGGACCAGCUGCACCCCCGAAUGGGGAAGUUCCUUCCCGAGCUGGACCUGAUCGACUGACCAAAAUCCGUUCCCAGCUCAAGGCGUUUCUUUCUGAGACCACUGGAUUUUAUCAUGAUUUGAUGUUGAAGAUAAGGGUAAAGUAUGGUCUACCACUGGAUAAUUUUUCCGAUGAUCCACACAAUCAAAUUUCCUCGUUAGAACAUGGAAAUAAAUUUUCUGAGAAGAAUAAGGGAUUGAUAUCCUGUCAUCGCUGUUUGAUUUAUCUGGGGGAUCUUGCACGAUACAAGGGCUUAUAUGGGGAAGGGGACUCUAAAGCUCGGGAAUUUGCAGCUGCGUCCAGUUAUUAUAUGCAAGCUUCUUCACUUUGGCCUUCUAGUGGUAAUCCACAUCACCAGGUUGCUAUACUGGCAGGAUAUUCCAAUGAUGAACUGGGGUCUAUAUAUUGCUACUUCCGAAGCCUAGCUGUUGAGAACCCUUUCAUCACUGCAAGGGACAACUUGAUCAUCGCAUUCGAAAAGAAUCGUCAGAGUUAUACCCAACUUCUUGGUGAUGCUAAAGCUUUGGUGAAGGCAGCACCUUCGAGGAUGCCUGGGUACAGGAGAGGUAAAGGUGAAACUAGGACUUCUAUUAAAGAUAAUAAGGUGGAAGCAAGUUCAGCUAAGAAAAGAGCUUCUGGCGUUGCUGAUCUUUUGAAAGCCUUCAUCACACGAUUUGUUCGACUAAAUGGCAUUCUUUUCACGCGGACAAGCUUGGAAACUUUUGAGGAAGUCUUCUCAAUGGUUAGAAAUGAUUUGUUAGAACUUCUUUCUUCUGGGCCAGAUGAGGAGUUCAACUUUGGUUCUGAUGCUGCACUGUGUCAACUAGUAAUUGUCAGACUGAUCAUUAUUCUCAUAUUUAUUGUUCAUGAUGUGAGCAAGGAAAACAAAAACCAAUCAUAUGCUGAUAGCCUACAGCGUUCAGUCCUGCUUCAUAAUGCAUUUACUGCUACCUUCGAAUUUAUGGGUUAUGUACUUGAACGCUGCAACAAGUUGAAUGAUCCUUCAUCUAGCUUUUUAUUGCCUGGUAUCAUGGUUUUUGUAGAAUGGUUAGCCUGUAACCAUAAUGUUGCAGUAGACAGUGGUUUGGAGGAGAAGCAAGCGAAUGUUAGAUCCUUUUUUUGGAACAAUGUUAUCGCCUUCUUUAAUAAGCUCUUAUCAAGUGGAUAUGUAUAUAUUGGUGAAGAUGAAGACGAAACAUGUUUCUCCCAUGCGAGUGAGUACGAUGAAUUUGAGACUGCUAAUCGUCUUGCAUUGCCUGAAGACUUUGAAUUGAGAGGAUUCUUUCCUCUUCUUCCUGCUCAAGUUACCCUCGAUUUUUCAAGGAAGCAUAGUUUUGGAAGUGAUGGUGGCAAUAAGGAAAAGAAAGCCCGCAUUCAGAGGAUUAUUGCAGCUGGAAAGGCUCUCGCAAAUGUGGUCCAGAUUGGGAAGGAGGGAAUAUAUUUUGACACGAAGUUGAAGAAAUUCUUGAUCGGUGUUGAACCCCAAAUUUCUGUUGAUUAUCCACUCACCAGCCCUUUAGAAGAUCCCAAAAUAAAUGGUAAUUCGCUAGAAAAUUCUGUUGAGGGCCAAGUGGUUCUAGCUGCUAGGCCCAAGCUGGAGGUUGAUGCUGAAGGAGAGGAAGACGACGAGGUUAUUGUCUUCAGGCCAUCUAAGACUGAGAAGCAUGUGAGUGACUUCGCAUCAAAGUUAACUUCUUCAGAGGUUCUUGCUUCCACUGUUGGUGAUGGAAGGGUUCAUUGUGGGAAUCAGAAUGGGUCUGUUUCUGUUGGAGAUGAGAGUUUCCUCUUACAGGGUGCUCCAAGCACUGGACGAUCUAUAGCUGUUGCUAACUGCACUUCUCAGUAUAUGCUACCAGUCCAACCCAGCUUUUCAAAGUACUUGGUAGAACAAGCUCCAACCCUGAAUGGCUUGUCCCACUUGAGUUUGAUGGAAAAUGGAUCUUUUAUGAAACCUGCUCUGCAAGAUCAAUUGGGAGUGUCCCAGCCUGCUGCUUCUGCUGUUCCCUACCCUCGGUUUGUCAACACUGAUUCUGGACAUAAUUAUCCUGUUCAGAUUUCACAAACUGCUGUAACAUCUAAAUUUGAUUCCAUUAUGUACCCCAGAGCAGCUACUGAUGGCCCGUUUGUCAAACCAUCACCAGCCAUAUCAGCAGGCAUAAAAAAGAAUCCUGUGAAUCAACCUGUUCGGUAUUUUGGGCCCCCACCUGGCUUUGGUUCCACUCCUUCUAAAACUGUGGAUGAGUCAUUGAACAGCAUGACAUUGAAAAAUGAAAAUCAUUUAACCCCUCAAAUGGACGAACAUAGCUGGCUAGAUGGAUAUGAGUUAUCUUCAAAUCAAAGUGCUGGAUUUAACAAGUCCAUUAAUCAUGUGGGACCAAAAUUCCCUUCUGCGAGCAAGAACAGUGGUUCAAUGGGAAAGACAAGCUUCCCUUUCCCUGGGAAGCAAGUCUCUGUGAUGCAAGUCCAGAGUCAAAACCAGAAAAGCUGGCUCGACUAUCAGUUGCCAGAGCAUUUGAUGCAGUACCAGGAGCAGCAGCAACAAUUUCAUGGAGGAAAUCAACAUUAUGUCAGGUCAAAGAAGUAUCAAGGACAAUCUCCUUUGGAAAGUCACUUCUUUGUGUGAGAUGAUUAGGGGAGCAUAGAUGUUUGACGCGACAAAUAUCCAUGGCUGGGUUGCUAUCAUUUCCACCAUUGCUUUUGCUGAAUCUUCCGUGUUGAGUUUUUGUUGGAGCAUGGUAGUAGUUGGAGUGUUGAAGGCACCUGAUUUUGAACAGAUAUUGCCAAUCGGCUCCUUGAUAAUGCUGUCAUACUACUUCGCCACCAGAAUAUUCUCUCCUGGGCACUGAUGCAUUUGUUACUUGGUAAAUGUGUGUAGCUUGGCCUAUGGAGUUAUUUGACACUGCAAUGAUUUGAUUAGUUUACUAAAUGAAGUUUGUAGCAAAUUGCUAAAUGGAUUUUUGCCUUUUGUAACUAUUUUGGACAUUUCUAAACCUUAUUUAGAAAAACAAUAGUCAAAAGCUAUUGCCCCUUGAGGGAAAAAAUAAUGAAUGGAGAUUAGAGCAUGGAUUUAGCCUGGAGACCCAUAUUCUGAUAUUUCAAACCAUGGCAUGGCUGGAGUAUCGUCAUCCCACUAGCAGACUAGGUGCAGAAGGAUAUGCUUGUAUUUUAUUGAAUGAUUUAGGUUUGAGUCAAUUUAUUAGCACUCCAUAAUUUUGGUUUUAUAUUGAGAAUUCGACUUAGGUUGAUUAUUCACAAUGCGAAUUAAAAUGGUAGAAUUUGAUAGCUAAACCUCACCCCCAAAAAAGGGAUUCAUUUGGUCUUUUAUACCUCUUUGUUGUCAUUUUUAUGUGUCAUUGCCCUCUAGUUGGAGGCUCUCUGUAAUUAUAAUGCCUUGUAUCACACACUGGGUAAAUUGUAUUAAU